AUGGAGGCUUCAUAUGCGCUUGUCCGCUUGAUGGAACGCAAUGACACGCCAGUCUUCCACGAAAUUAUAGACUCUGUUCAUGGGGCCAUCUUCCUCGGCUGUCCACAUCCCACGGUGAAUAAGCUGGACCCAUACAAUAAGUUGAAUCUUCUUCUCAAGACCUGCACAGGACUCUCAAAUCAACUUUUGCAGAGCUUGCAAGGGGGGAAUAUACUUGUUUCGAGGCUAUCUAAGAGAUUUGAGAGUCUACCGGUCCAACUCGACGUGAUAUCAGCUUACGAAUCCGCGCCAACCAAAACUUCCAGCGGUUUUUUUGGAUCCAAAUAUGAUGUUGUAAGUUUAUCAUUCUCAUUAAACCAUGCAUGCCUAACGGUGCAUCAGAUUGUAGAUAGGGAAACUGCAGAGAUAGGCGUCGUUGACGAGGAGUUGAUAUGCGUUGAUGUCAGCCAUUUCGACAUCUGCGAUGUCCCGGCAACGGGUUCCCUCCACCUUUCCAUUGAGAAAAUGCUGAAGGAAGUCCCUACAGCUCCUCCGCUUAGCACUUAUGCCUUGUCACAAAUAGGCACGUCUUGCCCGACUUCCUUUUUUUUUUCUUAUUAA